UCUGAAAUUGAAACACUCUCAAACUCUCCAUACUUUUGGGUUCCUCAGUUCGUGAAAAUUGAAAAACGAGAACGGGGAUUGAAGAACCAUAAUUGAAGAAACGUCUUCAACACCAAUCUCAACCUAAAUAUCGGCUACAAGACAGUCUUAGAGGAUAGGGAGAAGAUGAUUUUGGGAGCGAAAAACAAACACUGAUUUAGAUGGCAAACGGGAGUAAAAGUCGAUUGCAUAAUAGGGCUAUUACUAUCUCUUCUAGGUCAAAGCGCGUUGCUAGGAGGUCAUCUCAAGGUCGGGAAACUCAGAACAACAAUAACCAAGUUGUGAGAACAGAACCCGACAAUAACGUAGAACUUGGUAACAAUGGUCAAUUGGGUAACAAUACUCAAAGCACUACUGACUUACAAGAUGAGGAACUCGAUGGAAAUAAUGAUAUUGAACAACCGAGUAAGAAAAGCGCAUGGAAGAAAAGACCUCGUACCUUUGAUUGGAAAUUGACUGCUGCAGCACCUGGUGGUCCAUUAUCGACUGAGUUGCUUCGUGGUUAUUGUGGCCAUGUCGCGUGCGAUAUUUGGGAGAACAAUAAUGAACGUGGAUGUUUGGUAAUACAAUCACGAACACAAGCUCUUGAUCUUUUUGAGUUUGAUGCAACAAAUGCUUGGUGUUUAUUGGUGAAAAGCACUGGAUUAAGUCAUUUACGUAAUUGUGUGUUUCCUCAUCACAAUUCACCUUUAAUUUCUGCUUUUGUUGAGAGAUGGCAUCCAGAAACUAAUAGUUUUCAUUUACCAUUUGGAGAAAUGACCACGAAUAUUGCUUUACUUUAAAUUUUAAUUACAUAAUCUUUUGUAAUCUGACAGUUGGUAUUUUUUUUAUUAGUUACUCCACUUGAUUGCUCAUUAUCUACGUCCGGUGUAUCCCGAGACACGUUCACGGUUGACCUUGGAGCAACAAUAUCACUAUUUUGACCGUGCCAUCAACGUGUUAAGAGACUUUGAGAAUACUCAGAUUAUAGAACCGCAACAUGCACAAGGACAAUGUCGUCGAAAGUAAAUUUAUUUUUUUGAUUGAUAGAGUUGUUUAUAGGAAUAAAAGAGUGUUUCUAGCAUUGUUUUUAAAGCCCAUAGUAGUUUAAUGGACUAAUAUAGAGAAUAGAUGGUUUAGUUAUAGUUCAUGUGGUAGUUGGUACCUUAUUUUUCUGUUUUGGGUUAAAGGGUAUAUGAUUUCUUUUGUGUCUACUGUUAUUUGAGGAUAUUUGAGGAAUUUGAGGAUAUUUGAGGAUAACAGGGAUCCACUUUUUGAGAAUGCAAUAACAUUUAUAGACAAUUGAAGUUUCA